GUCCGGCCGGUCGCCCUCUCUCACCGACACCCCGCACUGCAGCUGCUCCAGCGCUCGCCGAGCCUUGAGCGGCGGAAGAGCUCUCCAGCCCCCGCCCCGGAACCCACUCCAUGGCCGCCGAGGAGGAGGCGGCCGCCCUCCGGGCCAUUUACAACGGCGACUUCCAACUUCUCUCCCAGUCAGAAUCUGAAGGGAUUACUUUCCAAAUCUGUGACAUCUGUGAACACCACACAAAGAAAAUGCAGUUCAAAGUUACUUUUCAGUUAUCCCCUGGCUACCCAUACUGUCUGCCAGAUAUCUCCAUCAGCUCAGAUCAACUUAGUCGCAAGCAGUGCUCUGAUUUGAAACAAAACUUGCUGCGGUACGCAGAGACCCUUCUCUCCCAGCCCAUGGUCUAUGAGCUGAUGACGUGGCUCCAGCAGAACACUGAGAACAGCCUGGGUCAGCCAACAGUGGGUGAGGCUGAUGAAGGAGACAACCAACAGCACCAGACCAAUGCUGAUGAUGGUACAUGGAUGGCCCUUUUGCAUUUAGAUCACAUGAGAGCCAAAGGAAAGUACAUCAGAAGCAUAGAAAAGUGGACUUCUGACCUAAGACUCACAGGAAGACUGAUGUUCAUGGGCAAACUUAUAUUAAUUCUUCUACAAGGGGAGAAGAAAGAUAUCAAGGAUUAUCUAGUUCUCCAGAAAACCACCAAGGUGGAUGUGGACUCCAGUGGAAAAAGAUGCAAAGAAAAGAUGAUAAGUGUUCUUUGUGAAGAAAAACUUCAAGCAGGCCAGCAGAGGCUUACAGACUUUGCCGUGAAAGAAUUUACAUCAGGGUGUGAGUUACACCAAGAAUUUGAAGCUCUGGGCUUAUCUGACCUCUAUGACAAGUUUGUACAGUUUUAAAAUGUCCCUUCAACCUGGAUAGAAAGAAGAAAAUAAAACCAAGGUCUCUGACUUUCUGGGGAAAUUGGGAAUUCAGCACUACUCUGCUUCAGCUGGUUUAGCCAAUGCUUGAGUAAUACAUGCGGCCACUGAAAUCCAUGACGUGUGGACAUAAGCUCUGGUAUAAAUCUUUACAGGAUACAUUAAGAAAUCAUUAAGAAAUCUGUCAACUAGUUUUUUUUUCCUUGUCUGAAUCUAUUAAUAAAAUGAAUGGACUUAAAUGAAUGCUAUUUGGUAUAAGCAGAUCUAUAAUCUUCAUUGAAUUGAUAUUUACGGAAUAAUUUCUUUUAAAGUUGAAUUAUUGAAAACAGAUAUAAUAGUUUCUUGAGACUGCAGUCUAGUCAGUUAUCAUAUGUGUACAAUAAAGCACUUGACAAUCGUGAA